CCGUCAGCCAGCAAACCAUCAGGCCAGGCAGCAGCAAAAGCAUUAUAGGCACAACGUGAAAGGAGGAAAAAUUUGGUGCUACUGUGGAAAGAACUUUCCAUCUUCGGCGCAAAAGUGAAUUUUCGUUCGAAAAAAUCAAGCAAUCCGCAGGAGCUAACGAUUGUGCACGUCGUACAGUGAGCGGAGGUUGUCCACGCGAACUUUGAAUUAUUCUGCGUGUCGGAAGCCGAUCCACAGUGCGAGCGAAAAAAGUGGUUCUUGACUACCGUCCCACCAGUGGUGAAGAGUGGUUAAUCAUCCAUCGCGCACAUACACCAACACAUAAGAACGUAUUUCAGUAGGCGAAGCAUUGGAGCAAAUUGGAGGAAAAAUGGCGUCGAUAGAUUCUCAAAUGAAAAACCGAAUGCAAGGUUUUAAAAACAAAGGAAAGGAUCAGGAGGAGAUGCGUCGUCGUCGUAAUGAGGUGACAGUCGAAUUGCGCAAGAACAAACGCGAAGAAACGAUCCUCAAGCGUCGCAAUGUGCCCCAAACUACAACCGAAUCGACAGAUGAAGAUGACUACACAUCGCCAUCCAACCUGAAGAAGCUGGUUGAGAAGGCAGGAAACAGCUCCGACAAGGACGAACAGCUUGCAGCAGUACAGUCGGCACGGCGUUUACUUUCCUCAGAUCGAAACCCGCCAAUUGAUGCGCUGAUACAGAGUGGAAUAUUGCCAAUCCUGGUCAGUUGUCUGGAACGGGACGAUAACCAUUUGCUGCAGUUUGAAGCCGCUUGGGCUUUGACAAAUAUUGCUUCAGGAACUUCGGCACAGACUAACCAAGUAGUUCGCGCUAAUGCAGUGCCACUUUUCCUGCGUUUACUUGGCUCUCCUGCACCAAACGUAUGUGAGCAGGCCGUUUGGGCGCUUGGCAACAUCAUUGGUGACGGACCAUGUCUACGAGACUUCGUGAUCAAACUAGGGGUUGUCCAGCCACUUUUGUCAUUUAUCAAACCGGAGAUUCCAAUACCGUUUCUGCGAAAUGUCACCUGGGUUAUUGUCAAUCUGUGUCGCAACAAGGAUCCCCCGCCACCGGUCGAUACAAUCCUAGAGAUUCUACCAGCGUUGAAUAUGCUAAUUCAUCAUACCGACAUAAACAUCCUUGUCGAUACCGUGUGGGCUCUCAGUUAUUUGACCGACGGAGGCAACGAACAAAUUCAGCUCGUAAUAGACAGUGGCGUAGUGCCGAAGUUAAUCCCUCUCUUAUCGCACGUUGAAGUCAAAGUACAGACAGCGGCUUUGCGGGCUGUUGGUAACAUUGUCACCGGUUCAGAUGAUCAAACACAGGUUGUAUUGAAUUGCGACGCCCUGUCUCAUUUCCCCUCGUUGUUGAGCCAUGCGAAGGAUAAGAUUCGCAAAGAAGCGGUUUGGUUUUUGUCUAACAUCACGGCUGGCAACCAGACGCAGGUGCAGGCAGUCAUCGACGCCGGUCUUUUGCCCAAGAUCAUCGAAAAUCUCACCAAGGGCGAGUUCCAGACUCAGAAGGAAGCAGCAUGGGCGAUCAGUAACCUGACGAUAAGUGGAAACCGUGAACAGGUGGCACAGUUAAUCAAAGACGGAGCCAUACCACCCUUCUGCAAUCUGCUUAUCUGCAAGGACACUCAAGUGAUCAACGUGAUCUUAGAUGGCAUCAACAAUAUGCUGAAACUGGCCGGACCACACACGGAGGAAAUAGCCAACAUGAUCGAGGAAUGCGACGGUGUUUCGAAAAUUGAAAUCCUGCAAAAUCAUGAAAACAUUGAAAUCUAUAAACUGGCGUAUGAUAUUAUCGAGCAGUUCUUCUCGGAUGAGACCGACGAAGCUGUUUUGGACGAACUGAGACCUGCUGCCGACGAGAAUGCGUUCCAGUUUAAUCAAAAUCCUAAUGUGCCCAGAGAUGGGUUCAACUUUUAAAACAGAUCAGCAGAAUCAACCACGCAGGCACGACUACAGAUAGCAGUUGUUGAUUGGUAAAUGGAACUGAUAACCGGAAACACUAUCGACUACUAUAUCUUCCUCUGAAAUCCUACACACCUUGCUUAGGUUUUGUAACUUGACAAACCAGUCACCAGCUCUUGUUCUUUUUUUUUUCUCAACCUGCACCAUUGAAUCAGCUCAGUUAAUCUGAUCAGUUGCCAGACAAACGACAAGUUGAGCGCUUGGAUGAGCAAGCAAGUAAGCUAGUUAUCUUAGGAUUCACUUCAAAUCUUAUUGAAAGAAGCAAGUUAAUAAUAUCUAUUUAUUAUAUAAAUCACAAACAGUAAAUCAACAACAACAACAACAAAAAUCAGUGCUGAGAAGACAGUUUAGCAUUAACUGACGAGGAAACAGCAAUACCAUCAUUAGUCAAACACACACAUACACUCACUCACACAGCCCAUAUGAAGACGCUUAUACAUACAUACAUACAAACACGUGACCGUUGGAAGAAUUUCUAACUUUUUUUUAAUUGUAAAAAAAAGAAAAAUGUAGGCGGAUUUAAAGUUCCUUCCCUUCUUCUAUUCUAAGAAUAGGGCGUUUCUUGUAGGAAGAUUUUUAUGUCUAUUUAAAAAACAAACAGUUGUCAGUGUUUAUUUUUAGAAACACUUUAAUCCUAUCGAUGCGUAAUCAUGCUGGUAGGAGGAGUCAAACGGGAGUUCAGUUGUUCUUAUCAUGUUCCCGCCCUUUAGGAAGAAGGGAAGGAGUGUUACGAGAAUAUAACAAAAUUUCACAACAUAAAGCAUGAUUUGAUACUCGAUCACAAAUGUUGAGAAUGGAAAAACGCGCAUUUUGCUGUUUUUUUUUAUUAGGAGGAACGGGCUGACAGGCGUUGAAAAAUAUAGUCGAAUUAAAGCAUUAGGGAAAUGUUGCUUUCAAAAAAAUCAGGAUCCAUUCGCUGGAAAGGAGAACAUAUAUUUCCAUGUAUAAAGGCAUAUUUUUUUAUAUACUUAUAAACACUACUCGGAUCGAAAUAAACCAAUGGACUGUAAUUUAGCAAUUUGUUGUAACGCAACCGUUCCGAGCUGGAGCAAGAGUGCAGGAAAAAUUGUAAAGAUUAUCGCCAAAGAGAAGUAAAUUACUACGAUGAAAAACUUCUCAUUUUUCCGAGCCAGCCAAGGCUUCUCUCCUUUUGAUUUAGUUUAAGCUUUAAUAGUAGAGAACCAAUAAGAAAAAUGCGAACAGCAAGCAGCUCCUGUUUCGGUAGGGGUACAGGAUAUGAGAAGUAACGCGACAUUGUUUGAAAAUGCGUCUUCUCGGAAGUUUAACCAUGAAUCGCAAACGCGACAAAAUGGCUCUUAAUGUAAUUAAGCAGCAGCGCACUCACAGAAUUUUUGUAAUUAUUUUCACAUUCACAUAAAGAAAAAAAAAGCGAAUCAAACUUAGGUUGCCAGUCCCUUGCGCGGGUAGCAGCGGAUGUAUUAUCAACUGUGGGGGAGAAAACGAAACUCACACCACACGUAAUAUGCGCGCGUUAUAGGAAUUUUAAACAAAUUUUGUUCUUAACGGUAGGCAAUUGAACGUUGCUCUCAAAAAGAACGCACUAUUUUUUGGUAAGUAAACCAAAAAUAAAAAAGUUAUUUAAUGUAAACCGAACGAGAAAGCAAACAAACUUAAAGCGGAGACGACAAACUGAAACUAGAAAAUUAAAUUUUCGAACUAUGGACUUGGAAAACAGAGAUGAAAAAUCGGUUAGGAAAAUAAAACGACAUUACCAUUUUUUUACGUAUCUAAGCCUAAAACAAGUUGAAGCAAAACGAGGAAGAAGAAGAAGAAACAGAAGAACAACACAGACAUACACACACACCAACUGAACAGCAGAGGAAAAAAAAUUAGACUUAUUUUUGUCCUUACUGGAACGAUAAUAAAAACAACAGGCAGUUGAAUGCGGAA